AUGGAAGCUCCGCCGCCGGCAACCGGUGUUAGUCCCGGAACAGUGGAGAGGGCCGUGAACGCGCUCCAGGCAUGGCGAGCUACCAAGCUGAAAACCCAGAAAGCUCAACUCCUAGAACAGGACGAGUUCAUGUAUGUUGUUAUCUCUCUCAAGAAAAUCCCGGAAAAGGGCGUCGGCCGAGUCAAGCCGUACAAAGUCAGUCUCCCCCACCGCCUGGCAAACCCUGAAGACGGAAGCUCCGAGCUCUGCUUGAUCAUCGACGACAGGCACAAAUCUGGCCUCACCAAGGAAUCCGCCAAGAAGAAGAUCGAACACGAUGGAAUACCCAUCUCCAAAAUCAUCAAGCUUUCCAAGCUCAAGACCGAUUACCGCCCCUUCGAGGCCAAGAGGAAGCUCUGCGAUUCCUAUGACUUGUUUUUUGCUGACCGAAGGGUGCUCCCUUUGUUGCCUAAGAUGUUGGGGAAGGAGUUUUUCAGGAAGAAGAAGAUUCCGGUUGCGAUUGAUUUGAAGCACAAGGGCUGGAAGGAACAGAUUGAGAACGCUUGUGGCUCUGCUCUGGUGUUUGUGAAGACUGGUACUUGUAGUGUUGUGAAGGCGGCGAAGCUGUCGAUGGAGAAAGAUGAGAUUGUGGAGAAUGUGAUGGCUACGAUUAAUGGGGUUGUUGAAAAGAUUGUGCCUAAGAAAUGGGGUGGUGUCAGGUCUAUUCACAUGAAGCUGCUUGAUAGCUUGGCUUUGCCCGUGUAUGAGGCGGUUCCUGAGUUGAAGUUGAAGAUUGAAGGGCAAAAAGAUGAGAUAGAGGAGGAGACGGAGAAGGAGGUGGAGACAGAAAAUGUCGAGGAGGGGAAAACUGGGAAGAAGAAGAAGGGGAGAAUUAGUGAGAUUAGGUAUAUGGAUAGCAAUGGCGAUACUGAUCCUGAUGGUGAAAAACUGAGUGAUGGUGAAAAUGAGACAGAGGCUGGUGGAAGUGCUGAGGUUGUAGUUAAGAAGAGGAAGAAGGGAAUUAAAGCUGAAGGCGAGAGAAGAGCGAAGAAGGUAUCUAAAGUGAAGAAUGUGGAGGUAUCUAAAGUGAAGAAUGUGGAUGGUGUCAAGCGAAAGAAAGAUGUCAGUAAAGGAACAAAUGAGGCAGCCAUCAAGCUAAAGAAGAAGAAGAAAGUCUGA